AGCCAGCAUCCUCCAGAUAUGUUUCACGUAGUUAGCUUGAUGACUUCAUGUCAGUUCUGAUAGCAUCUGUAAGCACGUCAACGUGAUCGGCAUUCACAUUCUGUUUUUUUUUUUUUUCCAAAUACAUUUUUGUUGCAGUGAAAUAGCUAUUUUAAAUAGUUCAUUGUGUGCGGGAUUGUGCCUUUGAAUAUUUUAGUAAUGAAUUACUGCAUGUCAGACAUGUAUGACAUAGCCCAUGGUGUAAGUGGCGGAUAUGCGGUGCCGCCCGGAGGUGAGUACUGCAUGUACAGUGGUGAAGGGCCUGGUUUCACUCACUGUGAACCACAGCCGUUACACCACCAUCCUCCAAGCAUGGAGCAGGCCUGGCAACACAGCCAACCCUAUGGGUGCCCGUUCAGUGGGGCUAACCCUGUUUUCAAGAGUGAGUUAUGCACCAUGGAGGUGCCUCUCAGUCACUAUCACCAACAAGACUACUACUCUGAUGGCAGGCCGGAUUUCUCUCAGAUGCAGUGGAUGCAAGGGCCACAUAAGAAAGGGUACAUACCAAGUUACCUGGACAAGGAUGAGCUGUGUGUUGUUUGUGGAGACAAAGCAACUGGUUAUCACUAUCGCUGCAUUACAUGUGAGGGCUGCAAAGGUUUCUUUCGACGCACAAUUCAGAAGAACUUAAACCCAACAUACGCAUGCAAGUAUGAAGGAAAGUGUGUCAUUGACAAAGUUACCCGAAACCAGUGCCAAGAAUGUCGCUUCAAGAAAUGCAUCGCUGUUGGCAUGGCUACAGACUUGGUAUUGGAUGACAGUAAACGUUUAGCCAAGCGGAAGCUGAUUGAGGAGAACCGUGAACGCCGACGGCGUGAGGAGCUGCAGAAGACUGUAUGGGAUCGACCAGAGCCCACACAGGAAGAGUGGGAGAUGAUACGGGUUGUCACAGAGGCCCAUAUGGCCACAAAUGCCCAAGGCAACCACUGGAAACAAAAGCGCAAAUUCCUGGUCGAGGAAGCAAUGCUACUUAAUGAAAUAACAUGUAAUUUAUUCUGUACUUCUGACCAGAGUGCAGUGGGGGUGAAGGAAGCCAAGCCAGAAGACAUUGGAUCGGCACCUAUUGUCAAUGCACCAGAGGGGAACAAAGUGGACAUUGAAGCCUUCAGUCAGUUUACAAAAAUUAUCACCCCCGCCAUCACUCGUGUCGUGGAUUUUGCCAAAAAGCUACCCAUGUUCUGUGAGCUGCCUUGUGAGGACCAGAUCAUUUUGCUGAAGGGUUGUUGCAUGGAGAUCAUGUCUCUUCGAGCAGCAGUGCGUUAUGACCCCGAGAGCGAUACUCUGACGCUAAACGGGGAGAUGGCUGUCACACGGGGCCAGCUCAAGAAUGGGGGUUUGGGUGUUGUCUCAGAUGCCAUCUUUGAUCUGGGUGUCUCGCUGUCCUCUUUUAACUUGGACGAUUCAGAGGUGGCGUUGUUACAAGCCGUGAUUCUGCUUUCCUCUGAUCGUCCAGGUUUAACAAGCGUUGAGCGGAUAGAGCGUUGUCAGGAGGAGUUUCUUUUGGCCUUUGAACAUUACAUCAACUACCGUAAGCACAAGGUGGCUCACUUUUGGCCCAAACUGCUGAUGAAGGUGACAGACCUGCGCAUGAUUGGUGCCUGCCAUGCCAGCCGCUUCCUGCACAUGAAGGUGGAAUGUCCCACAGAGCUCUUUCCGCCCCUCUUCCUGGAAGUGUUUGAAGACUGAUGGCAAUCCAAUCAGGCCAAGCUGCUCCCACCAACACCAACCUCCACAAAUCAGACCUCUACAGUCUCCCUGUUCCUGGUCAUAUGUUUCUAGCACUACUGAACAUCAUUUCAUUCCAUAGAGUUAGGAGUAGCUCUGGGGCCUAUUUGAUGGGAUCCAUUCCUUUUACAAAGCGGGUACAUUUGAAUAGCAUAAAAAAAUAAAUUCUGUUACUAUUGUUUUGUUUUUUCAGAAAUGUUUGAUAUCUGGUCAUAGUGUUGGAUACCGCUCAACAGAAAUGUAUGAACUAUGCAUUCAGGUUUCAUGUCACAUCAGGCCUCAGAAAUAAGUCAAAUAGCGCCACACUGCAAAGGAUAAUAGCAAUAUUUUGUUUCAAUUUACGUCCUUAUUCUAUUGGUCUAUAGGUCUUUUUAAGCUUAUGUUAAGCUAUAGGUUGUUUAUUGUUUUGUUCCAGAACCCUGUAAAGCACUUACAGUACCUAGACCGAAUUUCAUUACAUCAAUAGGCGCAAAGUAAAAUCACAAUUGUGGGCUAUAUUAUUACAAUACUUUUGUCCUAGACAAAAUCACUAAAUGGAAAAUGCAUUUAUACUUGUAACUUUAAUUUGCAUAGUUUAGGAGCAGUACCACAAAAAUAGAUCUUAGACUCUUUAUUGUCUCAGGUUUGUCAGAAUAACUC